AUGCUUCUUUCAUUUCGUGCUGGUCGUGCAAGUAAGCCAAGCGCAAGCUUUGCUCGUCUAGCAAAAUAUCGAGCCCAUAAACCUCAAGAUCUCCCAAUACCUUAUCUGCGACGGCGAACAUAUGCCGCAGAUGCAAAUAUAUCAGGACAAGAGUCUACUAGUGCAAGCGAUGAAUUAAAAGACCCAGAAUCUCGAUUUAAUGAGAUAGGAGUUCAACAAAUAAGUCAUCAUGUAUACACUCAAGUAUUCACGGAUGAUAAGCCGCCUCCUUCCCAGGAACUCAUAGAACUUUCGAAAGAUCAUCUGCUGAGGCAUGAGUUACUUGGAAAGAAUACAGACAAUACCCCUCCAAUAUCCUUCGACCUUCCCGAAUUACAAGGUACGACACUUGAUGAGCAUUUUUACAGAUUAGGUAGUGAUGCUUCCGAACCGUACUUGACCCAUGCGAAGCAAUUCGCUAACACAGAAACCCCUCAACGACCUCGAGAAUGGUCACAUAAAAGUGGGUGGACGAGGUACAAUGGCGAUGGUUCGAUGGACGCGGUUGAGGCGCCAGAUGAGGAAAUGUUAUGUUUCGAUACGGAAGUGAUGUGGAAAGAAAGUUCCUUUGCUGUGAUGGCUUGCGCUGUUAGUCCUACACAUUGGUAUGCUUGGUUAUCACCAUGGCUGUUAGGGGAAACCGACAACGACCGUCAAUUGAUACCUCUCGGAGAUCCAAACACACCUCGAAUUAUCGUUGGGCAUAAUAUUGGUUAUGAUCGAGCAAGAGUAGCUGAGGAAUAUGAUAUAGCUCAGUCGAAGAAUUAUUUCAUGGAUACCAUGUCAUUACAUGUUGCUGUCAAUGGAAUGUGUUCACGUCAAAGACCGACUUGGAUGAAACAUCGAAAGGAUCGAGAAUUACGGGAGAAGAUCGCUAGUGAGACGGAUAACGCGGAUUUAGCAUCAUUACUAGGGAACAAGACUCUUUCGGAAGAAGAAGAAGCAGAGUUAUGGAUAGGCAGAAGUUCUGUCAAUUCGUUAAGAGAUGUUGCAAAGUUUCAUCUGAAUGUUACAAUUGACAAAUCGGCGAGAAACGCGUUUGGUGACUCUGAUCGCCAAGGUAUCAGAGCCAAGCUCGAUGAACUUAUUGAUUAUUGUGCGGCGGAUGUUGAUAUUACUCAUCGAGUUUACAAGAGAGUGUUUCCAAAUUUCGUGGAUACAUGCCCACAUCCGGUCAGCUUUGCAGCGCUAAGGCAUCUCUCAUCAGUCAUUCUUCCAGUCGAUGAUAAGUCAUGGGAAUCUUAUGUCGCCAAUUCCGAAGCUACCUACCAGAAGUUAUCAGAUGCAGUACAAGACCGACUUCUUGCGCUGAAAGAUAAAGUGUUAGAAAUCAAAGAUGAUAAAGAGAUAUGGAGUACUGAUCCCUGGCUAAGACAACUUGAUUGGACUACUCAAGAGGUUAGGAUGGUGAAGGUAACGAAAAAGGGCGAGCUACCCAGACAAGCUAAAGGGCAAAAGAUGCCAGGCUUCCCGAAAUGGUAUAAGGAUCUUUAUCCGAGAACCGCCGCCCCUAUUAAUCUAUCAGUUCGUACAAGAAUUGCUCCGUUACUUCUCCGCCUGGCCUGGGAUGGUUAUCCAUUAGUAUGGUCCGAUAAAUAUGGCUGGACUUUUAGAGUACCAAUUGAAGAGGCUCAUAAGUACACAUCAAAACAAAUGCAAGAGUGUAGUGCGUUUGAGACACCUGAUUUGGCUCUACGAGACGAUACAUCUGCCGUUUACUUCAAAGUCCCGCACAAGGACGGUCCGUUGGCAAAAUGUGGAAAUCCGAUGGCCAAAAGUUACGUGCAAUACUUUGAGCUAGGUAUACUUUCAUCCGAGUACCCGUUUGCAAAAGAAGCACUUGAGAUGAAUGCUUCUUGCUCUUAUUGGAUAAGCGCUAGGAAUCGUAUACAGUCUCAGAUGACUGUCUUUGAGCGCGAUGGAGCAAAAGGACCAUCAUCCCCGGAAUCCGAGUCGGAGACGGGUUACAUUCUACCACAGAUUAUUCCCAUGGGGACUGUGACUCGAAGAGCCGUGGAAAACACGUGGCUUACAGCGAGCAAUGCCAAGAAGAAUCGGGUUGGCUCAGAACUUAAGUCGAUGAUCAAGGCACCACAUGGUUAUUGUUUUGUGGGCGCAGAUGUCGAUUCUGAAGAGUUAUGGAUUGCUAGUCUUGUCGGUGAUGCCCAGUUCAAGCUACAUGGUGGGAAUGCUGUCGGAUUUAUGACUUUGGAGGGUACUAAAGCAGCUGGUACAGAUCUUCAUUCUCGGACAGCUGCUAUUCUUGGUAUCACAAGAAAUGAUGCUAAGAUCUUCAACUAUGGUCGGAUCUAUGGAGCUGGUUUGAAGUUUGCUUCAACCUUACUUCGGCAAUUCAAUCCCAAUCUCUCGGAAUCUGAAACCACAGAGACGGCUGGCAACCUAUACAAAGCUACCAAAGGUGUCAAGACUAAUAGAAAGGCACUUAAUUCCAGAGCUUUUUGGCGUGGAGGCACUGAAAGCUUUGUUUUCAAUAAGUUAGAAGAAUUCGCAGAAGAAGAGAAACCAAGAACACCUGUUCUUGGUGCUGGGAUAACCCAAGCUCUCAUGGCACGUUACGUUUCGAAGGGUGGCUUUAUGACAUCGCGCAUCAAUUGGGCAAUUCAAUCCUCGGGUGUAGAUUAUCUCCACCUACUCAUCAUCUCCAUGGACUACCUGAUUCGUCGCUUCAAUAUCAACGCUCGUCUAUCCAUUACCGUCCAUGAUGAAAUCAGAUAUCUGGUUAAAGAUCAUGAUAAAUAUCGUGCGGCACUAGCAUUACAAGUAUCAAAUCUCUGGACUCGAGCCAUGUUUUCCCAACAGAUGGGAAUCAACGAUUUACCACAAUCUUGCGCCUAUUUCUCCGCGGUGGAUAUUGAUCAUGUGUUAAGGAAAGAGGUCGACAUGGAUUGUAUAACCCCUUCACACGCCACCGCAAUCCCCCACGGCGAAUCAAUAGAUAUCCAACGACUUCUCCUCGAACCUACCGCCCUUCUUGACCCCAACAUUACCCCCACGGAACCUAUAGACCUCUCCAAUAUCCUCUACGAAUCCCGCAUCCCCGUCAUGGAAUCCCUUCAUAAAUCUACCGACCUCAUGUUCCUCAGAGCUCAAAUCUCGGCUAGUGAUCAAGAACUCAAAGAUAUCUUGAAGGAAAAAAGGAAAUUGGAUGAUGCGAAAUUACCACAAGAACCAAAGGUCAACAGGAAUCGAAAUCUCCCUUAUGAAUCCUAUGCGCACUUAAUGGAGGAACCUAUUAUGGUUAGCGAUGCGUUGAGUGUGGGAAGAGCAUUCGAUGCUGCGAAAGGAAAGAACCUACCAUGGGACGUCAAGGGGAAAUUCGGGGGAACGAGGAGUGGUGCAGGAGCUAGAUGGUAG